AUGCGGCGCUACGGCCGCGCACUGACGCUGUGCACGGUGUUCGCCGUCUUCUCGGGCCUGUACGUGUACAAUAAGCUGCUGGACACGGACGAGACGGUCGGAGGAACCGGGCCGAGGAGCGGCUUCGUCCCGGUGCCCGGAGCCCGACGAGGGGCCGCGGACAAAACCGGGCCCCGAAACCUCCACUGGUACAGUUUGUACGUCAUGCGGCAGCGGGGUCAGGCGGAGGCCGGCGGCAGCGUCCAGAGCCGACCCGAGCCCCCCAUGCACCUGGCUGUGGUGGCCUGUGGGGAGAGGCUGGAGGAGACCCUCACCAUGAUCAAGUCCGCUGUGCUCUUCAGUAUCAGACAACUCGAGUUGCACAUCUUUGCUGAAGAUCAGCUCCACACCAGCUUCAUGGAGGCUUUGGCGUCGUGGCCUGGAUUCAUCCGCUCCAGGUUCAAGUACACGGUUUACUCCAUCAGCUUCCCCAGUGACAACGCAGCCGAGUGGAAGAAACUCUUCAAACCCUGCGCUUCUCAGAGGCUCUUCUUACCCCUGAUCUUGAAGGACAUCGACUCGGUCGUGUACGUGGACUCGGACAUCCUCUUCCUGCAGCCCGUGGACCGGCUGUGGGCGUUCCUGCCCCGCUUCAAUUCCUCCCAGUUGGCGGCCAUGGCCCCCGAGCACGAGGAGCCCCGCAUCGCCUGGUACAACCGCUUCGCCCGCCACCCCUUCUACGGCAGGACGGGCAUCAACUCGGGGGUCAUGCUCAUGAACAUGACCAGGAUGAGGAGCACGUUCUUUAAGAACGACAUGACGUCUGUGGGGCUGCGCUGGGAGGAGCUGCUGAUGCCUCUGCUCCAGAAAUACAAACUGAACAUCACCUGGGGGGACCAGGACCUUCUCAAUAUCAUUUUCCACCACAACCCUGACACGUUGCUGGAGUUCCCGUGCAAGUGGAAUUACCGUCCCGAUCAUUGCAUCUACGGCAGCAACUGUGCGUCUGCCGAGGAGGACGGCGUCUACGUCCUGCAUGGAAACCGAGGGGUUUACCACGACCACAAGCAGCCCGCCUUCCGAGCCGUGUACGAGGCCAUUCGAAAAUUUCCGUUUGGCGCCGACCCGGUGACGUCUUUGCUGGAUCCUCUAGAAGAGGAGCUGUUGAAGACAACCAACACGUACUGUGGUAAAUCCUACGCACUCCUCACGAAGACACUGGUGCACAGCCUGGCAAAUAUCAACAGGAAGGCUCCACGUGGACAGUGACAGAAAAAUUAAAGACAAGACGGGACAGCGGCCAAUAGGAUGUUUUUUAACAAGCCCAGCCAGCAAGAUAAGGAAAAUGUAUUUUUGUGUCCGAGUCUCCUUCCUUACGCCCUUGUGGGGGAAAUUGAACUCCCCCCAAACCGAUUGAAGCUCUCCUGCUUUGAACAGCACGUCUUCCGACUGAUCCCAGCCACUAAAGCUUGAACUGGCACUGGUUCAAAAAGACCAUGGAUGUACUUCUCUACCUUUGAUUCUGUGGAAUGAGUCGAGUUUCUUUAUAGCUAAAUGUCCAACAUAUGCAAAUAUUAGAAGUUGGUUCAUUCAUAUUAACACUGGGGGGCGCUAAUUCUCCAGUCAUUUCUUUCAUCAGUGAAUUGGAGGAUCUACUUAAAUAUUUGAUGUUCUGGCUCGCCGGCACUUUGUCUGAUCAGUGCAGCAGAAACUCUAUUGAGCGUUUAAGCCACAUACUCCAUGUAUGUCUUGAUUUAAUUUUGUCUCAAAUGGACUUAGUCCCAUUUUCUUUUUAGCGAUACACAUUUCCCGAUAUUUGGAGUGGAUGGAAACCAACUAAAGCGGCAGCUGAAGUUGUCUGAGACUGUUGCUCUGGAUAAGAGCGUGAUGUAAAUGCCCGAAAUCUACUGUAAAUGUAGUGUAGGCCAGUUUGUAGCUAAACACUAAAUUUAGCAGUCGCUCUAAACUUUACUGCAAAUUUGUGCAUGUUUUUAUAUUUAACUGACCACUGGAGAUCCUCUCUCAGUGCCUUUGGCUCUCGACUGAAGGUGCGACAGUAGCUCUUGACUUUCCAUAUUGGAGAACUAAUGAAACAUUGUGAAGCACUCUUAUUAAAAAGAGACAAACCGUAUGAGAGAACUGGACAGAAGAUGCACUGGACCACUUUCAGCUUUCAGAAACCACUUCUUCUGGGAUUGUUCUGCAUUUAUUGAAACCUUCAUCAUAGUACUGUUUGCUCAUGAAAACUUUCGGUUUAUUCUUUGUUAUUUUAUAUGUUACAGAAGUUGCCUUAACCUGGGAGGCAAAGAAAUAAGUUGUCAGUUUUAUUAUGUCGUUUCACACCACAUAAGUUUGUCGUUUGCUGUUUUGAAAUGAACUUUUUUACAUUUCAUCAUGUUUAAACAAAAAUGUUUUAAUAACAUUGCUGCUGAAUAAGUAGUCACCUCAGACUAUUGUUGUGUCAACCAGACACUCGGAUAUGAUGGUAAUUCUGCAACACAGUGACCACUUUAACAUGGACGCCAAUAUUUCAGACGGUUGACCUUAUCCUUAAGUUUUUUUCAAUUAUGGCGUUAAUAGAAUAUUCUAUUAUUACAAUUUACAUGUUGACUCACAUUACAUCCACUUUUCAAAUACACACGUCCGCUAUUCUAACCUGAAAUCAUACGAUGUUGCAGUUUACCAUUUUGCAACAUCUUAUCCUCCUUAUUUGUCCUUGAUUACACCCAGGUCGUAUGUUGAUGUAGCUAAAUACUGUGACCUGAUAAUGUGAUAGUCUUUUUUCAGGUUAAAGUAAUAGUAAAAAAAGGCUAUCCAUGUAAACUUGGUCACUGUUUAGCUGCCAUACAUUAGCUUUUACAAUGCAGAAAAAGUACUAUUGAACAUGUGAAUAAGCUACAAGUUCUCUCCUGAUGCCAAAGUAUUUUGUUUAUCACUGUUAUUUGUUUGCACCGGUGAAUGUAUUUUGUACACUAAGGGAUGAAAUGUUGUAAAUAACUGUUGUGACUGUCAGUGUGUUGGAUACAGUGAAGAUGUCCUUUGUGACUUAACUUCGUUUACUUGUUUAUUUGUCACUACUACAAUUGCAAUGUCUUUUUUACAUUAAAGAUCUGUGUGGUUUUUCUA